UCACACAGUCUCACACUCUCACUCCACAUCCCAAAACCUCAAACUAGCAUUCACCAAUUCACCAUGACCACCACUUUUGCUUCAAGGACCAUUCUCUCUUCCCAUCCAACCAAGCUCUUCAUCCUUCCUUUCAAACCUCCCUCUUCCCAUUUCCCUCUCCGUUUCACCAGAGCCACCUGCACUCUACAUUCCCAGCAACAACAACAGCAGCGACAACAACCUCAAAAUGGUCGCAGUGUCAUCGGAAUCCUCGAAGAACGGGGGCUUCUUGAAUCCAUUACCAGCGAUGCUCUCAGAAGCGCUUCUUCAACUGCACCCCUCAGGGUCUACUGCGGAUUCGACCCUACCGCCGAGAGCUUGCACUUGGGCAACCUUCUGGGCAUCAUUGUACUCUCCUGGUUCCGCCGCUGCGGCCAUAAUGUCGUUGCCUUGAUCGGCGGCGCCACCGCUCGCGUCGGCGACCCAUCUGGGAAGAGCAUCGAGAGGCCUGAGCUUGAUGUUGAAACAUUGGAGAGGAACACUCUGGGUAUUGGAAACACCAUCAGAACAAUCUUGGGUCGUGCUCAAAAUCUCAACUUGGAGGAGUUGAGUGUGGAUGAUGAUGAUGAUGAUGAUGGUAACUUGUUUGAUUCUUCUGUUGUGGUUUUGAACAAUUAUGAUUGGUGGAAGGAGUUUAGUUUGUUGGAUUUUUUGAAAAGGGUUGGUAAAUAUGCUAGGGUGGGUUCAAUGAUGGCUAAGGAGAGUGUGAGGAAGAGGUUGGAGUCUGAACAAGGGAUGAGUUAUACUGAGUUUACUUACCAGUUGUUACAGGGCUAUGAUUUCUUGCACUUGUUUCAGAAUGAGGGUGUUAGUGUUCAAAUUGGGGGUAGUGAUCAAUGGGGGAAUAUAACUGCUGGCACUGAGUUAGUUAGAAAGAUAUUGCAGGUUGAGAGUGCUGUCUAUGGCUUGACAUUUCCUCUUUUAUUGAAAAGUGAUGGCACAAAAUUUGGUAAGUCUGAGGAUGGUGCUAUUUGGUUGUCUCCAGUCUUGUUAUCUCCAUACAAGUUUUACCAGUAUUUUUUCUCCGUUCCGGAUGCUGAUGUGGUUAGGUUCUUGAAGAUUCUUACAUUUUUGGAUAUUGAAGAGAUAGUUAAGUUGGAGGAAGAGAUGGUGAAACCUGGGUAUGCGCCUAAUACUGCGCAGCGGAGGCUUGCAGAAGAAGUUACCCGAUUUGUUCAUGGAGAAGAUGGUUUAAGGGAGGCUCUUAGGGCAACUGAAGCAUUGAGGCCUGGAUCUGAGACAAAGCUGGACUGGAAAACCAUUGAGGGGAUUGCUGAGGAUGUACCCUCUUGUUCUUUAGCUUAUGAUGAGGUUUUGAACCAAUCAUUGGUUGAUCUUUCAGUUUCUUCUGGUUUAUUUGACAGCAAAUCUGCUGCGCGGCGUUUGUUAAAACAAGGAGGACUUUACUUGAAUAACAGCAGAGUAAAUAGUGAAAAUAAGAAGAUUGAGGUAGCAGAUAUAGUGGAUGGGAAGGUUCUUCUUUUAUCUGCAGGAAAAAAGAAUAAGGUGCUGGUGCGAAUAGCAUGAUAGGAUUUAUUAAAUGAACAUUCUUUGAAGAUUGUUUUAUUUACUCUGUAAGUUUGUUUUAUGUUUAGUUAAGCUUUGAUUUUGGUGCUACACAGUACACAAGAGCUUUAAAGUUACCUGUGAAACAAGUAUGUUAAUUUGCAACUGGUAAUAUGUUCCAACAUGUAACUUCCAUGACAUGGAUGGCCUUGUAUGCUACUCACAUUUGUUAAUUGCUUUCCUUAUUAAUAAACUGUGCAGCUGUCUACUAGU